CUAAACUACGUUACGGUUUCUUCCGUAGCGCGUCAGUGUGACACACGGAAAAGCCCAAACAUAACAACAUGAGCAGCGUUAGCUUUCCUUCAGCUCUAGUGAACUUGAAAACGAGAAAGGUUUGCGUACUGAAUAUGUGUUUGUAGUAAAAAUGUCUUCAGUUCAGCUCCAGAACGAGCAGCUAAAUCCUGCCGAAGAGACAUCUUCAGAGUUUGAAGAAAUCAUCGUCAAGUCCGAGGAAGAGACGGAUGGUCAGAGUGGACUGCUGGAUUCAACCCGGAUUCCUCGGAUCACCUCACAGCAAACAGACCUGCCUCAACAUUACAAUUUUCAGGGAGAGAAGGUUUUUAAUGACCAGCACCAGUGUAUCCAGGAGUCAACCUCUAGUUUAGACCAGAAGGAAGUGGAAGGUACACAAAUAAAAAAGGAGUCUGAGGAACUAAUUCAUCACCAGAUAAAAGAGGAGCAAGGAGAACCAGAAAAUCUUCAAAUGAAAGAAGACCAUCUGGAACAUCUUCUGAUUAAAGAAGAGCAGGAGGAAAUACAACAUCUGCAAGUAAAAGAGGACCAAGAGGAAAUACUGUGUGUGCAGAUAAAAGAAGAAGAGAAUGAACUUCAUCCUGGCUUUGUGGGACAAGAUGAAGAACAGCUUCUGCUGAAGGAGCAGACUGAUACCUUAACAGCAACUCUGACUAAUGAGAAAAAAUAUUGCAGUGAGCCAGCACCAAACAGGAAACAACACAACUCCUGUGAUCUUCCUGAAGCUCAGAACCAGAACCAGGAAGGAAGAAUGCCAGAGGAUUCAGAAUCAACAACAAGAGAAUUACCAAAACAAAAUAAAAGACUUCAGAAAACCAGAGAGCAUAAAAAGAAUGUUGACAAUGCAAAACAAAAAAGCCUUAAAAAAAUAUCUUUAUGUAAGAGCAGGUAUUCUUGUAAAACGUGUAAUUUACCAUUUUUUCAUAACAGCACGUUUAUUAGACAUCUGAGAACUCAUACAGGUGAGAAGCCCUUUUCAUGUACAAUCUGUGGAAAAUGUUACAAACAAAAGGGUCAUUUAACUGAUCACAUGAGAACUCACACAGGCGAGAAACCCUUUGCGUGUAGCAUUUGUGGAAAAAGUUUCAGUCAAAAGAGCCAUUUAACAAUUCACAUGAGAAUUCAUGCAGAUGAGAAGCCUUUCUCCUGUGUGAUCUGUGGAAAGAAUUUUAGCCAGAAGGGUCAAUUAGCUUAUCACAACAGAAGUCACACAGGUGAGAAGCCUUUUUCGUGUAUUGCUUGUGGAAAAUGUUUUGGUCAAAAAAGUAGUUUAACUUAUCAUAUGGGAAGUCACACAGGUGAAAAACCUUUUUCAUGCAUAAAUUGUGGAAAGAGUUUUAGUUUGAAAGGCAAUUUGAUAUAUCACACAAAAAAUCACGCAUGUGAAAAGUCAUUCCACUGUGUCACUUGUGGAAAAAAAUUCUGUAAGAUAGAAAACUUUACAACUCAUCUGAAAAUUCACACAGGUGAGAUGCCUUUUUCAUGUAUCACCUGUGGAAAAUCAUUCAGACAAAAAAAAAGUUUUAAUACUCACCUAAGAACUCACACGGGUGAGAAACCUUUUACAUGUAAAAUCUGUGGGAAAAGUUAUAUUCAAAAAAGUAGCUUAACGUAUCAUAUGAGAAUACACUCGCUCGAGAAACCGUUUUCAUGUAGUACUUGUGGAAAAAGUUUCAGCAAAAAAGAUAUUUUCAAAUCUCAUUUAAGAAGCCACACAGGUGAGAAGCCUUUCUUGUGUAACACAUGUGGAAAACAGUUUACUCGUAAAAGCUUUUUAACAGUUCAUCUAAGGGUUCACACUGGUGAGAAGCCUUUCACAUGUUCUACCUGUGAAAAAUGUUUCACUCGGAAAAGCUUUUUAACAGUUCACAUGAGAACCCACACAGGCGAGAAGCCUUUCUCGUGUUUGUCCUGUGGAAAUACUUUCAGGCAAAGAGCUCAUUUGAUUUGUCACAUGCGAACUCAUGCAGAUGAGAAGAUGUAAUUUGGUGAAUGCUUUGAAGUUUUUUAGCAUCAAGGAGCUUGGGCACAUUUUUAGAAACUGAAGUAAGCAAAAAAUAAAAAAGCUUCACAUUUAGAAAACAAAUAUGGCAAAAAUGCCUUCAGAAAUGUCUAAACAUUUUAAGCAUGUAAUGUAUUUAAUAGUGUAUAGUACU